GGACAGGAAACGAGAGAUAAGUGUCUAACAUUAACACGCUGAAGUGAGAUGCUGUAGUGUUUCCUGUCAGCCUAAAUGUUGAAUUGAACGUGAUGGAAAGCUUAUAGACGGUAAAGAAGGAAGCAGUGUGUGUGUGGUGGCGUUAAUAUUGGUGUUAUAAAUAGUGAGGACAAGUUUACUGAGGCGACAUCAUCGUAACAGCACAGGGAACAUCAGGGUAAAGCUAGGUUGACUCAUUCUUCCCUGGUCGUCAUCUCAUCACUCCUUCAGCCGCCAGCAACCUUACUACCAUCUCUGCAAAUCUCAGGAGCGCGGAGCUUCAUCACUUUCAUCUCCACCGUCGUCCCCUCUGCUAUAGAAAUCCAAGGUUAUAACACAAUGGAGUUUUUAACUUGACACAACCUGCCGGCUUCAAUGUAACAGCGGCGACAGUUCGCAUCAUGGCCUGGUAUUGACACCAAGCAUGGAGAAGGAAAGUAAACUCUAUGGCUUUAAGGUUAUCAGUAUCCUGGAUGGCAAAGGCAGGAGCGUUUUACAGCGCGUCCUCGCCUGGGGCACGCCUGGCAAAUCUCCUUCAGUCACUCUCGAUGCGUACCUCAGCAGCCUCCCGGAGGACUCCACCGCCAGCUACGGACACACCAAGACAAAGUUCAGCAAAGCAGAAAUUCACCAGCUACACCAGUGUCCCUCGUGCUCCCAGUGUGACAUCACGCUGCUCUUCAAGGCCAUCAAGCUGGCCUGCGAGAAUGUGGCGAGCUUCGAGGACCGCCGCUGGGUCGAGCCAAGCAAGGACCUGGAGUACCACUUGACGUGUAUCAAAAACAAACGUAAUGAAACCUUCCACGGGCAAAGGGAGAUGAGUCACUCCGAUUUCUUGAGGACAGCAGCAGACAUUCGCGAGUUGUUAGUGGCCACUUUGAACACAGCGGGGCGCAGGUAUGGCAAGAGUGAGGGGGAAAUUGCCAAAGAGAUUGAGGGAGUCCACUGCGAGAUCGAUAGAAUAAUGGAAGAGGUGCUCGGGGAAGAGGAACUUCUGGUGGAAAAAGGCGAUAAGCUGACGAAAGAUUUCAUCGAGGAGGCUGACCGAUGCGUGCGGCAGAUGCUGGAGGACACUGUGUACCUGGAUCCCAUGUCCUUCUUGAGUGGUACCAGCCUGAGGCCUCACGUGCAGAGCAUGUUUUGCCGCAUCAGGAUCAAGCAGAGUCAACCUGGUCACAAAGAAGGGAACGUCGAGUAUGCAGAUAUACUGACUUUAAUACAGGGAUCUGAGACGCCAACACCCGAGGAAACACGCCCAUUAGCACCAUCGACGCCAGCAAAAGAUAGAACUACCCUCAACUUAUUAAAUAUUGCAAGUAGUACCAUGCGACGCAUCUUUAAGAAGAAAACCGUUCAACAAAAAAUACCCACACCACCACAACCAACAAGAACAACUGUGUGCUGCCCUCGACUCCUACUGGUACAGGGCGUAGCUGGCAGCGGGAAAACAACCCUGGUGUCGCUCAUCAUGGCGGAGUACAUGAAGGACGUGGGAGACCGCAUCCUAAGAGGCCUGGACCAAUACGAUCUGCUACUGCGUGUUCAGUGCCGGGACCACCACAGCAGCUCCUUCGGUGGAUUACUACAGCAGCUCAUGCCGGACCAGUUCCUCAAGUAUCGCAACAUUCUGCUGCCCCUCCUCAAGAGGUGCCGAGUGCUCGUCAUCAUUGAUGGACUCGAUGAGAUCAAUGAUAACUCGGAAAAACUCGUGCACGACAUCCUGCACGAGGCGAAAAACGCAGGGGACUUUUCCCUCGUGUGUACCUCCCGCCCAGAGAAAGUUACAAGUUUUCUGCCCAAGAUUCCCUCGCAGUACACAGUCACUCACGUGGAAUUGACGGGCAUACCGGAGUCCGAGCGCCUCACCUUCGUGCUGCGAUACCACCACCUCAUCAGCCAGGAGAUGCCUGGGUGUCGAAGUAAUGCAGAUGACCUGCAGCAAAUCAUGGACGAGAUCGGAGCGAGAGAUCAAUUCAGACUUCCCCUUAACCUUCUAUUUCUUACUUGGAUAUUCAGCCAUGAUCCCAAUUUUUCAACCACGACCAUCACCCAGUCGGAACUUUACUUCAGGACUCACCAGCUGUGCCAACAAAGGCUACUAGACAGACUGAGUCGUUCUGCCAAUGCAAUGGACAGAUGGACUCUACAGAAAAAGUUGCAAGAGGUCCUACAGGAACUGUAUCGCGUCUGUGUGGUUGGUCUGUCUCGCUGUCAACUUUCCCUAUCUAAGGAUGACGAAGACUCACUCAGGUCGGCGUGUAUCGCUCGCGGACUCCCACACCAAGAAGUAUUAUCGGCAUUCCUUACCCUCAAAGCAACGUGGAGCCCAUGGGGAAUGCAAGAGCAAUACUCGGCUCCUCACAAAGGUCUACAAGAUUUCUAUGCAGCUUUGUAUGUUAUACCUUUGGUGGGCAAAGGAAAUGCAAAAUCUAUUAAAGAUAAGAUUCUCGGUUCAGAGAAAAUGGACCUGUCUGUCUUUCAGUACAUGCUGAGGCAAGUGGCAGCUCUGCUUCCUCAUCCAGUGAAGAAGGACGCCGCAGACCAGGUGGUGAAUCUCCUAAAAGCUGCUGGCCUGAGAUACGAGGACCACUGGCUGGAUCUGAUCGAAGACACCAAGGCAGCUCCGGCAAUUGUCGUCUCUGUGGCCCAGCACUUCCCAGUCCCCGAGGACAUCAUGAUAAAGGACACAUACGUCAAGAGCUAUACUGCCUUGCUGCCGCACUUGCAGUCUUCACGAGUUGGGAUUGUACUGGACAGAGACCCAAGGGACGUGAUGGAACUUUUUGAGGCACUCGGCGGUCACACCUGCACUCGACUCUAUCUUCGUCAUCAUUUCCGGUACCCGAGCAUCACUGCUACCUCAGAUGCCAUCCUGCACCAAAUGCUGACCAGUAAUAAACUGGAGGAUUUCGGAGGUCACUUGAGCGAGACUGGCGUGGCUGAGCUCCCAUCUUGCCUGAAGAAACUGAGCCUGGCAGUCGUGGGGGAUGACCCUGCGCGCCGCAUCCUCCUCUCAAUUCAGGACCAACCCACUCGGCUCCCUCUCCUUCAUAAUCUGGAGGUGCACGUUCCUCUAGCAUCAUUGUCCUCGACGGCCCUUCCUCAGUUGCCCGACGCAGGGGACGUCAUGGUCUACCUCUCAGGUAUCACCGACCACAACAUUCCUAAGGCCUGUCAAGUGGCCGGCGCGCUGCAGCCUCCCUCGGGGUACAUGGGCAUCAGCUUCCCUCAGGUGAGCGUGACGGUGGACGGAUGGAAAAAGCUGCUGGACGGACUGGAGCAGGAAAGAGUGAAGACAGUGGGGAUGGAGGCUCCCGCUGCCUGCCUCCCCAAUGAGCUGCGUAUUCAGUUACGAGAACAAGCCAAGAAGACGCUGUCCGCUUACUUCUUCAGACGGACCUUCGAAGACUGGUAGGAGGCGGCGCAGGAGGAAGACAAAGGAGGUCAUCCGCGCCUACAGGAGGACAUGACAACAAUUAAGAAAUUAUGAAUAUCAACCCAAAAAAGGAUAGUAAAAAAAAAAAUCAUGGGGAAUAAAAAUUUGAAGCGA